CCCACGUGGAUAGGGACCCCCACCCCACACGGAGAGAGGCCCCCACUCCACACGGAGAGGGAGACCACCCCCCAUGGGACCUUCACCUGUGGUGCAGAGGGACCCUCACCCCACACAUAGAACAACACCCACCCCAUAUACAGAAGGACUCCCACCCCACUCAGAGAGGGGCUCCCGCUGAGGACAGCUCUGUGCCGCAGGGACAUAUGGGAGCUGUGGGAGUUGGCGCUGUCCUCGGUGGAUGCGGUGCCAAAGAUGGUGCAGGCGCUGCUGCAUCAGCUGGAGACCGUGCCGCUGGGCCAGAAGACCGAGGUCGGCGUCCUUCACACGGCCGCGGCCACGGCACUGCAUAAGCUCCUGCAGUACCUGGAGUACGGCCCACAGGUGCGACUGGUUUUCCCGGAGCUCUUUGUGGUGCUCAUCAUCCAGCUGGUGUCCGCCGGGCCGCUAGCUCCGCUGGAGAUCACCGCCAUCACGGAGGACCCAUUCCGCCCAUCUGCGCCCACCUCUGCCAUCAGGACGGUGGUGGAGACGGCCCACAGUUUGCUACUGUGCGCCGAGAUGGACAACCUGGCGUUCUCCAUGGACACCCACAACCUGUGGGCGCGGCUGCAGGGCACUGCCACGUGGCAAAAUGGCCUACACUCCCUUGCCAAGGUGAUGCUGAAGAACUGCCGGGAUCAGUGCAGACCCAUCUUCAGACACCUGCAGAAUCUGCUGCAGUACCACCAGCUGCAGUGGAGGGAGGUCCCCGCCAUGGCGUUCUACUUUGAGGUGGGUGUGGAGACGCUGUGGAGCUGCCAGGGGCACCACGAGGAUGACACCUGCCCCCAGAAGAUCUUCAGGAAAUACAUCCGCAGCAAACAGCCCAAGAGCAGAGAGCUGGCGCUGCGCGGGCUGAGGAACCUUUAUGCUGGGAGGAUGCAGCUGCUGCUACCCGACGCGCUGCUGUGGCUGCAGGACAUGCGGGCUGACAUCAAACUCUGCUGUCCUGCUUCAAUGAGGUGA